AAAUGUCUACCUAUUUGUAUUUUGUUUCCUUGAUUGAUGAUUUGAUUUUGGUUUUGCCAAAUUAAGUAAAAUAUUGUAUUCUAUGACAAAACCCGUUACAAUUAAUAAAUAACAUUUUUUCCGUACUUCUUCCUUCUUUCCCUGUACAAAUUUUAUGUGAUAAAAAUGAUUCCUACAAGAAAUAUCUUCAGUGCUGUUUAUAGAGGAUUUAUAAAAGUAAAUAGAAGUUAUGCCACCAGGAAACGGUUUUACCGACGUGCAGACAUUGUUCAAAAUGAAAAUAAUUGGGAGGUUACUUUGGACCAUCGCCGGUUGAAAACUCCUAAUGGUCAAGUUUUGACUGUAAACACGGAAUCACUUGCACGAGCUAUAGCAAUGGAAUGGGAUGCUCAACACGAAAGUAUUACACAGCCGACCAUGCACUUGACAGCUUUAUGUAACACAGCAUUGGACAACCCUGGAAAAUUGAACAAGCAUGAUAUUGCCAGCUAUUUAAUAGAUUAUAUUGCUACUGACACACUUCUUUUUUAUUCAGAUGAAGAAGAAGAUUUGAGAGAGUUACAGGAACAAAAAUGGGGUCCAGUGUUAGAAUGGUUUCAAAAGAGGUUUGGUGUAACACAAGAAGUGUCGAAAGACUUUGAGCCCCCUCCUGUGGCCACAGAAACGAGAGCUGUUCUAGCAAAAUAUUUUCUUUCAUAUGAUUUCCCGGCCUUAAAUGCAAUGAAUUUUGGAGUGGAAGCAUUAAAAUCACCAAUCCUGAUGUUGGCCUGUGUGGAUAGAUUUUUGACGCCUAAAGAAGCUGUAAUGCUUGCCAGAUUAGAAGAAGAGUAUCAGCUUCGAAUGUGGGGACGAGUACCGUGGGCGCAUGAACUAAAUCAAGCAGAGUUAACGGCACGAGUGGCUGCAUCUUUACUCGUCAUACAGAACUCAACCGAACUUCAUUCACAAAAAGCAAAAAAAUCAGCUAGCGAAUAAUAUCGCUAGCUGAUUAAUAUAAAAUUAUUAAAGGAUGAAAUGUAGAAUUACUAGUAAAUGUUUUUUUUCUCAAAAA